CUGACACCCCCAUUCCUUGUAAUUGCCAUCAAAACACCCCAUACACAAUAUUCCCCUCAAACAAUCAUCUUCAUAAUCCUAUUCCUCUCUUAGCUUUCAACUCUCAUCCACUGAGCCCUCUCCUCAUUUGGAUAUUGUUGUUUGCUUAAGAAGGAAAACCCUCCUAUUUGUUCUGAUCCUCCUCUUCUCUAGUCUGUGAAGAUGUCAGCAGCCUCUAUGAGCAUCAAGAACUUCAACUCAACAUUGAAGAUGGAAAAGGAACCACAACUUACCAUACCACUACCCCCACCCCUACCCCCCUCUAAGGGGGGCAAAGGCAUAGUGUCCAUUCUUGGAUCAGACUCUGAAAAAAGAAACAAAGCGGCAGCUUCUAUUAGGAGAACCCUUUCAGCUGACAUGUCAUCCAAGAAAUGGCUCUCACAAAAUGGGCUUUCACAAAAUGGUUUCCCCCCUAUGAAGAAAAUUGCUUCCUCCAAAGAACUUGCUGUUCGUGGUCAAGAUGAUGUUUGGACAUCUAUCCAAAAUGGUAACAAAGCUGAUCAGCCAACAUCACUUGAUGUUUGGAGCUCAAUUUUAACCCAAAAGAAAGAUGACUCAUCCACAGUACUUCCACCUCCUUAUGUUCACCCUCUUUUGAAAAAAUCAUCCAGCUCUUUAACUGAAAAAAGCCUUGAAAUUUGUACUGAAAGUCUUGGAUCAGAGACUGGCUCUGAAAUUAGCCUUCCAUCUUACCCUUCCUCUGAUACAGAUGAAGACAACGAUGAUCCUCAAAACCAAAAACAACAACAAGAAAAAGAAGAAAUAAUCUCUCAAUCUUUCGAGGAAUUUCCAGUUGUUAAGUUCAACCAUAACAAAAAAAUACCAUCUCCACCUAAGUCUUUUCCUCCACCUAUUUCUUCCUUGGCUGCAGAGGUUCAAAUGCAAUCUCACAGGCAAAAUGGCAGAUUGAUUCUUGAAGCUGUAUCUGUUCCUCCACAGAAUCAUUUUAGCGCUCAACGCGUUGAUGGUCGCCUUGUUCUCACCUUGAUCACCACUACAACUGAGCCAGAAACAGAGGAAAAUCAUCAAGAAGUGGCAGAGUUUGAGAAAGUGUUCGACGAAAUUCAAGAAGUUGAACAUAAUGGACGACCCCAUUUAGGCCAUGAUGAUGGUGAUGAUGAUGAUGAUGAAGUGGAUCAAGAGGAGGAAAAAGGAAAUGGUACAAAGGGGAUGCAAAUUGUGCUAGAGCAAAAACCAAGAAUGUCAAAUGGGAGGGUGAAUGUGAACACAUCAACAUUGAUGAUGAAGCAACUUAUGGGACUAGAGAAAAAUAAUCAUCAUUUAACAUGGCCUAACAAAUUCAACAAAGCAAUCAAAUUGAUUGACGAUGAAGAUGAAAUAACUCCUAUUCCAAUCACAUCACCAAAUCCAUCUCCAGCUUCUUUCAAUGCCUAUGAUUAUUUCUGGAAGAAAAAUCCCACUGUGACAACUAUUGUCAACAACUACAAUGACAAGAGUGCUGCUCCCAUUGCCAAUGGUACUACUACAAAGAUAGCAGCUAAUUAUGAGCAGCAAGAUUUGGUGCUAAUGAGAGGGAACAAGGGGAACAUCAAUUACUUGAUGCCUUUGUUGAGAGGAUGCAAAGAACAGAGGAGGUCUCUACUCAUUUGGGAGCCUUACUGCAUUGCCACCUCCUAAUCCCAGUGUUAAUUAAUUAAUUAGAUCAUCAUAACAUAUAAGCAAUCACAUAAGUAUAGUAUAUCACAAUAAAUGUGAUGAUAUCAUUUGAUGUGUAAUUUUUCCUCUCUUUGUUAGUUAAGUCUAGUUUUUACUCUUUUGUUGAAAAAGAGUUUCCUGUAGCCAAAUAAACAAAGAGAGAGAGUGUGAGGGAGAAAUCAAUUAUAUAUCAAUGUCUUUGAAUUUAGAAGAUUUGAACAAGGAAAACAUAAUAGAGAAGUUUAUUUUAGUUGUUUUAAUAUUAAAAUCAUCAUUUUGCCC